CCCCGGUCCCGCACAGCCACGAUCCUGGACAGCUGCAGCGCCCAACCUCGGGGCGCAGAGGCCCCGGCCCCGGCCGCGGCGGUCCCGAGAAGCCGCCGGUCCCUGACGCCGCCGUGGGAGAGCGAGCCCCGGCCCAACGGCGGCGCCGACAUGGCCGACUACCUGAUCAGCGGAGGCACCGGAUACGUCCCCGACGACGGGCAGAGCGCCCAACAACUGCUGGGAGCGGGCGACGGCCUGACCUACAAUGAUUUCCUCAUUUUGCCAGGAUAUAUCGAUUUCACCUCUGAUCAGGUGGACCUGACAUCUGCCCUAACAAAGAAAAUCACCCUGAAAACACCCUUGGUUUCAUCCCCUAUGGACACAGUCACGGAGGCUAACCUGGCUAUCGCUAUGGCACUGAUGGGAGGAAUUGGGUUCAUCCAUCACAACUGUACGCCGGAGUUCCAAGCUAACGAGGUUCGCAAAGUCAAGAAAUACGAGCAGGGAUUCAUCACAGACCCGGUUGUUAUGAGCCCCUCAGAAAAGGUUAGAGACGUGUUCGAAGCUAAAGCUCGCCACGGUUUCUCCGGAAUUCCAAUUACAGACAACGGGAAGAUGGGCGGAAAGCUUAAGGGAAUCAUCUCUUCUCGGGAUAUUGAUUUCCUUACUGAAAAGGAGCAUGACCUGCUGCUCUCUGAGGUGAUGACGAGGAGAGAGGAUUUGGUGGUGGCACCGGCCGCGGUCACUCUGAAAGAAGCCAACGAGAUUCUGCAGAGAAGUAAAAAAGGAAAGCUGCCCAUUGUGAAUGACAACGACGAGCUGGUGGCCAUCAUCGCCAGGACCGAUCUGAAGAAGAAUCGCGAUUACCCGCUGGCUUCCAAGGACUCGAAGAAACAGCUACUGUGCGGAGCUGCUAUCGGGACCCACGAGGACGACAAAUACCGGCUGGACCAGCUGUUUCAGGCCGGUGUGGAUGUGGUGGUUCUGGAUUCCUCUCAAGGAAAUUCCAUCUUCCAGAUCGACCUCAUUCAACACAUCAAAGAAAAGUACCCAGACGUGCAGGUCAUUGGUGGCAACGUGGUGACUGCGGCGCAGGCCAAGAAUCUGAUCGACGCCGGAGUGGACGCUCUGCGCGUGGGGAUGGGAAGCGGAUCCAUCUGCAUCACACAGGAAGCUAUGCCAAAGAUCCCUCCAGACCUUAGGUCUCACAGCCCCAAACUCCCAUCUACCAUCUCUGGCUCCUUUAUGUUGGCUGUGGGCAGACCUCAGGCGACUGCGGUUUAUAAGGUGGCAGAAUACGCCAGGAGGUUCGGGGUUCCAGUCAUUGCGGACGGAGGGAUUCAGACCGUGGGACACAUCGCCAAGGCCUUAGCGCUGGGAGCUUCCACAGCGAUGAUGGGAUCGCUCCUCGCCGCCACAACAGAGGCCCCUGGCGAGUAUUUCUUCUCGGACGGGGUCAGGCUCAAGAAAUACAGAGGGAUGGGUUCACUGGAUGCCAUGGACAAACACUUGGGCAGUCAAAGCCGCUACUUCAGUGAGUCUGAUAAGAUCAAAGUUGCUCAGGGAGUGUCUGGUGCUGUACAGGACAAGGGUUCUAUUCAGAAGUUCAUUCCUUAUCUCAUUGCUGGAAUCCAGCAUGGCUGCCAGGAUAUCGGGGCCAAGAGUCUGACACAAUUAAGAGCCAUGAUGUACUCGGGGGAGCUGAAGUUUGAGAAGAGAACUCUCUGUGCCCAGGUGGAAGGAGGGGUCCAUGGGCUGCACUCAUACGAGAAGCGACUGUUCUGAAAGCACUGGCUGUAAAUUCUUCCAACAAGUUGCACAGACCGAGAUCUUGCUCCACAUCGAAACCCGUUUUUGGCGUCCAUUGACUUCCAAACAAACGCUGCAAUAUCCCUGUGCGAUCGAUACUGAGGACGUGGGCGUCUGGGGAGGUGACACUCACUGUGUGCAGUUUGAUUCUCUUGUAUUCUGUGGUUAAAUCGGUCUCUAACUGGGGUUUGAUUCCUACAAACGGUUCAUUCUUUCACUGAAAUGCACUGAUGUUAUCCAACUCGAGCUUUUAAAGCGCUCACAGCUCUCACUUAGAGCUGAGUGUGACUGUCUUCAGUGCUAAGCAUUCACAGGAUUGACCAGUUGCAAGUGCAAAGCCCGUUGCUGGGGCUGAGUCCAGCAUUACUCUCUCACUCAAACUGGGAUAGAAUUGCCUUUGCCUCUCUCCCUCCCUCCUUCUCCGUUCUCCCCGAAUUCCAAUGGGUUUUGUUAAGUAUUUUUGCCAAUAUCAAAUGGUUAUAUGUUACAGAUUUGGACUGGCCUUAUUAUAGAAGAGUUGAUGCAUUAAAAAAAAUCUGGAGUCAUUUUUAGCACUGAAUGUGUUGAACACUUUCCUGCCCACCCGUGGCUUUUCAAGUAUUAACUAUUGAGCUUACAAGGUUAACCUGAUGACUUGCAGAACUUGUUAAUAAGCCAGUUAACACUUUCAGCACCAAGAAUAAGAUGUGGUUUCUGAAGCUUUAGACGCCCAACAAUGUCUUAAGAUAGAAUGUUCAAAGUUUGUAAAUUAUUUGGAAUAAUUUUUCAUACAUCUUAAUGAUAGCAUUUCCCCCAAUGUAUUAACUACAUGGAUCUCUGUACUGGCUGUACAGUUGGGAGACUUGUCUUUCUUUGACAAAAGAAUCACCAAUGUGGGUCUUACACGAGAAACUGCCCUUUUAUAUUUUCAUGCAAUUUUUUUAAACUAAGAGAAUAUCCUUCCGUAGUAUUUUGCCAACAGAGCCUUGGCAAGUAAAAGAUGAGUUGGUGAUAACAGAUAAGAAUUUUUUUUAUUAAUCCUGUUAACCUUGGAAGCUCCAGUAGACACCUGUCCUAGCUGGAGUCUCUUUUAACAUUAAUCCAUUAAUACAAGUCUGUUCCAAUACUAUUGACAUCUGCUGGUCCUGUACAUUGCCUCUCUAUGAUAAAAAAUGUUUAUCUACUGUUUUUUUGAGCAUUAGUAGAUCUGCAAGUCUGAUGCAAAAUGUUGUGCCACUCUACCAAGGAAUUCCCUUUGUGCUGCAGAAUAAAUCGUCACAACCUCAA